AUGAUAUAUAAUCUGCCAACAGCAAAUGAAGUAGCAGUUGUUUUUGUAGAUGAAGAUGGUGAACCUCCAAUUGAACGUGAUUUUUGUAUAUAUUCUAAAUUUGAUAAACCAAUUAGCAUUCCUUCUAUAAGUAGACAUGUAGAUCCAAUGACAUAUCCGCUAAUGUAUCCUUCAGGUGGUAACGCUGUGGCAUGGACAGGAAUAGCAGCAAAUUUAUUAAUUAAUGGUAAAACUGUACACACAGUAUUCAAGUUACCGUUAACAAUAAACGAACAAACAACAUGCAAUAUACGAUCAAACACAAUUGAAGGUGAUUUCAGACAAACAUUGCCAAUUGUUAGACAUGGAAACAGAACACUAAUUGUAAAUAACUGUGUUAAGAGAAGCAAUUUAUGGUCAAAUUUUCAAUGUUUUACGUUAAGUGAAAAUAUAAGACUAUGUAAUGAUGAUAAAGAUUUCAACUUAUGGCUCUUAGAGGUUGGAAAUGGAAAAUCUAAUAACUUCUUUGAAGAAGAAAAUCAAGCAAAAUUAUUGCCUAGUGAAAUAAUAUGCAAUAGUGACAUAGUAACAGAAAUUUAUGGUAAUGAAAUCAAUCCAAAUGAACUUGAUAUACACGAAAAGGUCAUAUUAGCGCCGCGGAAUAAUGAUGUAUUUGAAUUAAACAAUGAAAUUCUUGAAAGAAUUAAUGGUGAAAGUAGGGAAUAUUUAAGUAUAGAUUUCUGUGAGGAAGAUGAAGAAGAUAAUACAUUAAGUACACUAGUACCAACCGAAGUUUUAAAUACACUAACUCCAAAUGGACUACCACCUCAUAAAUUAAAUUUAAAGAUAGGAGCAAUAGUAAUACUAUUAAGAAAUGUUAAUUUAGAAAAAGGACUUUGUAAUGGAACAAGAUUAAGAAUCAUAAAAUUAGAAAACUAUACCAUUUAUGCCGAAAUACUUACCGGAAAUUAUAAAAAUGAAAUUGUUAUAUUGCCGCGAAUAACAUUGUCUCCUUCGAAUGAAGAAAUACCCUUUAAAAUGUCGAGAAAACAAUUCCCCAUAAGACUAGGAUUUGCUUUGACGAUAAACAAAUCUCAAGGCCAAUCAUUUAAAAAAGUAGGAUUAUACUUACCAUCACAUGUAUUUAGUCAUGGACAAUUUUAUGUUGGACAUCAGGCAUUUCAUCCCUUCCACUUUGGACCUCGACCAUUUCCCUUUGGGCAUCCACAAGAUCCAUUGGGAUUCAAGUUAUCCGGUUUGCAACACCUGAGUCUGGAUCAAGGAGGUGGACAAGGGUGGGGUGGUUUACCUAGAGGGGCACUUCCCCCACACUGUCUUCCACCACCGCCCGGUCAUCACUCGCAUACUCACCCCACUACGGGGGCAGCCUCGGCCUUCAAUCCCUUCCACCAUUCCAUUGAACAAAGAUCUCCAAGGAUGCAAGGAUCCGCCACCAACGACUCCCCGAGAAAUGACCUUGGACCCAUUAGUGUCUCGGUUCGAGAAGCGACUCCAAAUGCUUCGCCAGCAAAUCCUGGUCCUGGUCUUCUGACUACAGCUUCCGUUACGGCACCAACGCCGCCGGCAGAAUCCACUACAACUGCUCCAAGUCCCUCUGGACAUCACUCCCACUUUCAAGGUCUUCACCUAUUGGGAGCGACAAAUUCCUUGUUCGGCUCAAUAUUCGCCCCCCUGCUUCCGCAAUCGUCUUGGCUCUACAAUCCCCUCUACCACACGCAGCAGUACAUUCUCGAACCCGAGUGGCACGCUCUCGCUCUCCGAAUGGCGCAGCAUCGCCUCCAAAGACCCGAUCAAGUCCGCCUUGAGGAGCUGAAAAAACUCCGAGCGAACAGCGGAAGUCCCGAUUCAUCAGUCGCCAAGGAGGAAGCACCGCACGAAACAGAGAAUCAUCAACCUGAAUCGCCCGACGGAAGUAUCGAAGUCGACGAUCGUAACGAUCAAGAAACGAAGAGUCCAACAAAAAGUGAACGAGAAUCACCGGUAUUGUCGCCAGUGCGAAGUGAACAGGACGAGAGCACCGCCUCCAGGGAUCUCACCGAAAAGGAAAGUCAAAUCCGCCUGCGUCCCAGUUUGGAGAAUCUCAACGAAUCCGAAAUCUACGAUCAGGAGCAAACCGUCUCAUGUCGUGUUGACCUGCCCAUUAAAAUCCGCGUCGAAGGCUCCGUCGAUCUCAGUACAAAACGAGGUCAGGACAAGGAGAAUGUGGGACAGGAUCUCACCACUCGAAAAAAGGACGACGACUCAGAGAGAAUUUCGAACGAUUCCCUUCGAACCAGAAGGGACCGAAGUCCAAAACCCCGACAAGUCUGGAGACCCUACUAAAAAACAUUCAGAAUUCUAUAUUCUCAACGAAUAUAUAAAAAAAAAUUUUUUUAAUAACUUCAUCAAUAUUAUUAUCUAAAAUUUACCCUUGGUUUUCACUACAAACCAAAAAAAAAAAAAAAACUCAAGGACUAACCAGGGUUUCGACUGUACUGUAAAUAAAAAUAAAAACCCUCUAUUCAUUCUUUAUAUAUAGAAAAUAUUUCCUUUUGUAAAUGUUACGAUAAUUUUUCUUGAGAAACUUUUUUCUUGACUCGAUGUAAAAUUCAAAUGAAGAAAAUUCCUAUUGAUGUGAAUUUUCUUGUUAUAGUUGUCAUUGUAAAUAAAUUUAGAUGUAUACGAUUUCCGUCAGGCGCAUCUAUUACAUGGUGAUGAAAAUAAAACUUGUUUUUAGAAGCAAGGAGAAAAAAUUUUAAAUAGUCGAGAAAUGGUUGCGAAAUUCAAUAUGUUAAAGGUGAACUUCGAAGGCCUUUUUCUCGAUGCCUAUGUUCUUAGACGUUCGUUUAAGAGAUUAAUCCAAUCAAAUACUGUUUACAGUAAACAAUCGAAUAAAUA